GUUUAAGUAGUGUAACAAAAGUUCAAAGGUCAUUUUCGUCUGCUAAAGGAAGUGAGGAAAGAGCACCUGCUUUUACGUAAAUCAGCUGAUUUUGUCCGGUUACAAAGUUGUGCAGUCUCAACAUCUUACAGAUAUGUCAGAGUAUUUGAAGCCUGCUGCAGCCAUCGCACUGCCCUAUGUAGGGGCAGCCUUUGGUUCCCUAAUAUCAAGGAGAAAUAUUUCAACUUGGUAUGAGAAUAUCAAGCGCCCCUCCUGGCGGCCCCCUAACUAUCUGUUUGGACCCGUGUGGACCGCUCUGUAUGGAGGUAUGGGGUAUGCUUCCUAUCUGGUUUGGAAGGAUGGAGGGGGGUUCCAGGGGGAUGCAGCCUUACCCCUGGCUUUGUACGGCACACAGCUGGCUCUCAACUGGGCAUGGACGCCCAUCUUCUUUGGAGCCCACAGGCUGGGGCUGGCUACCAUAGAGAUUGGUUGUCUAUGGGGGACCAUUGUAGCCACAAUUUUCGCAUUCCGCGAGGUCAACACCACAGCGGCCUACAUCAUGGUCCCGUAUCUGGGCUGGGUGACCUUCGCCUCAGUGUUGAACUUCAAAAUUUGGAGAAUGAACAAAGAGGAUAAAGAUACAAAGACAUCAUAGAGACAAACAUAAUUAGCUAUUGUUAUAAUGUAAAAAAACUAGUCAGAAUGGCAUUUAUAGAGAGAAGUUUAUGUUUGGAUUAGUGUAUUUGAAUUGUGUUUUAUUUGCUUAUUAAAGUACUUAGGGAGAUGGCUAAAAUGGGCUGAGCCUGCUGCCAAAUCCCAUUCACUUCUAGAUCUGUGAAUAAAAUAUUGUUUAAAGUUAAA